CAGCCUGGUUUUUCAGGAGAUCUUUGAAAAACCAGGUCAGAGCUUCCGAAAGUCUUAUAGAAACCCGAUCGUUUUCUUUCUUGCAAUAUUUUUAUAUCAAAUUACUAUUUAAAUUCUUUUUUAAAAAGGAUUAAAUUAAACAUUUCUGGUGUACAACGCAUUCAUUUUAAACGGAAACAAGAAAUAACAACAGGAAAAAAAGCAUUUUAUUUUAUCGAAAAAAGCAAGUUGUUGUGUUUAUACGUAAAUGCAAAAAGAACGUGACUACUUCAAAAGUAGCUUUUUAGUAAGAUAACAUCUUAGAGCUUCGAAAAUAACGCUCCAUGUAAUAUGAGCCAACUACCAUCAAAGUAAGGCAAUGUAGUUGUAAUUUCGCUGAUACUUUUGUCAUAAUUAUCGCAUUGCAUCCCGAUUAUCAGAUAUAGAAGUUUAACCGAUCAAUGUUACUUCAACAAUCUUCAUCGAACAACAAAACAUUUACCAAAUGCCAAAGUAGUAAGUCGAAGCGAUUUUUGAGAAAAGCCGCUCUGUUUUAGAAAGAAAAGUUUAAAUUUUGAUUAAACUUUUUUGGUCUAAGGUGUUUGUUACAAACCUGUUUACAGGUUUGACCGAAAAAAUGAGACGUAGCUACCGGGUUAAAAAUUCAAAAUGAAAAUCAUUGAACAUGUAACGUUUGCGUUUUUUAUAGACUGCACUUAUUGUAUAUACAGAUAUUACAAGCGCUCUACAGGACGUGUUACUAAGGAAUUCCACAUUUUUACCUGAGUCUAAAUGACCAACAUUUGCAAACAUGCACUUAAUAAUUCAUAAUCGCCUCAUUUCAUUGUCUUACAGAUAACACAAGAAGGUGAAAUUAUCGUAUCAGAUUCAGACUAUAAGCAACAACGACAAGAACGACGUAGACAGGCAAACAAUAGAAGACAACAGAAUAUCAUACGGACUGUGAUAAAUAUGGAACGUACGAGACAAGCAUUGCUUGAAAGGCAGUUUGAAAUAUUAUCGAAAUUAGCUAGCAGACAAAAAGAAUGGAGAAAUCGUCCAUCGAGAUCGCAUAGUAUGAAGCCGACACGUCCUUCCAGACCCAAAACAGCAGCAAAUAAAAAAGACGAAGAAGUUUCAGGAAUAUCGCGCAUUAAAUCAGCUAAUAAUGUUAUUUCUGAAAGAAAACAACAGUCAGAGAGCCCGCGCAGACGUCGAUUAUUACAACGAACGAGGAUCAAUAGUUUGCCUCCACAGAAAUGUGAAGUAACACUAGUCUACUCUGGUCCACAUACACAAAUUGAAUUUGAUCGAACUUUAUUUCAACCACCUAUUCAAGACGAAGUUCUCGUAAUGCAACAACACUGUGGUGGUGAAAAUUUAAUUGUAUACAAAGGAUUCUUAAAGCCUGGUGACGAAUUUAAAUUCGUUUCAAAACGUCAUUCCAGUUAUCCAUUUGCACUCUCGUUCUAUGUCAAAGGACUCAUUGACAGCCGUCUGUCAACAUGUUGCGAAUAUAAACAUCGACGAGGUGUGAGAUUAGGUGGAAAAUGUGGACAAUUUCGAAUUAAAAGUGUACAAGGAUUGAGACCAUGUUCAAAGUUACCCCAUCCAGCCACUACCACUACUACUGCUGCAGAAAAAUCGAAAAAGAAGAAAACCAAAAAACGGAAAACUGAACCGAAAAUGGUCACAAACAAAGAUUUAAUUGAGAAACAACACACAAAAAGUCCGUUGUAUGGUAUUUUACGUACACUGAGUCUUGAUGAUACAAAGCUACAAACAGUCGUUGUUCAAAAACAGAAGAAAGGUGGCGAUAAUAACAAUCAAGAGGUACAAGAGAGGAACGUAUCAAGAAAUGAAACAACGUUUAUCGAGUCCAAUCCAAACGCGGAAGAAGAAACAGAUCAUAGGGCACGUUGUACGCCUGACAACACAAGAACACCUUCACCAACAAAGAUAAUAGGAGAAGAUUACUCAACAUCAUUUGACUCGGAAACAACAGUUCACGAAAACGGAAAAUUUGAACAUAUAGAACCACCACCGUUAGAGUACGAAAAAGAAGAACAAGAAACGUCAUCAAGUACUGACUCGUUGUCAAUAGUAGCCACAAAACCAAAUCGUAGACUUACUUCAACAGCAACAACCAUAACAAAAUCCUCUUAUUCUUCUCCUACAAAUACUAAGCAUAAGAAAGCACCAAUUGUAAUGCGACACCUGAAAGACAAUCGGGUUCAAGAAACUGCAAGAAAUGAUAACGCGACUUCAAUUUCGUCUGCCAGCGGCGAUGACAGUGAAAAAGAAGACGAAAAAGAUGCGGAUCAAGAUGUAUUGCACCGUGAUUCGAAUUCUGAAUCGAUGUCUUACAGCAGUGAUGAAGAUUUAUUACUAAGAGGUUUACUCUAG